AUGGCUAGCCACAGUCGGCGGCGACGCCGCGAAGACUUCCAGAUUGCGGUCAUAUGCGCCCUGCCACUCGAAUACGACGCCGUUGUCUUCGCCUGCGACGAGAUUUGGGAGGAGGAUAGAGUCGAGCUGAGAAACGCAUCGGGGGACUGCAACACAUACAAGACCGGCCGGAUAGGAGGCCACAACGUCGUUCUGCUUCUCCUCCCUGGUAUGGGAAAGGUGAACGCGGCGACGGCGGCGGCCAGCCUCCGAUCAAGCUACACCGAGAUCAAGCUGGCCAUCCUGUGUGGAAUCUGUGGCGGCGUGCCUGGAGUCAAGACAAGCAACGAGGUUUUCCUAGGGGACGUGGUCAUCAGCAAGAGCAUCGUGCAAUACGACCUGGGCCGGAAGUAUCCCAACCGCUUCGCCCCAAAAGACACCGUCGAAGACACCCUAGGAAGACCCAGCCAGGGUGUCCGUUCGCUUGUCGCAACUUUCCAGACGCUCCAUGGCCGCAGCGACCUGCAGCGACGAGCCAGCCAGGUUCUAGAGCAGAUUCAGCAAAGGGCAGCCGACGAGGGACACCAGAACCUCUACAGACGUCCUGCCGAAGCAGAUCGCCUUUUUGAGCCGGACUAUCUCCACCGUCAUCGCAAUUCUCCCAGCUGUGGCUGUAGUGAGUCGGAGGCUUGCGAAGACGCCCUGACUACUUCCUGCGAGAUGCUUCAAUGCGACCACUCGCGCAUCAUGCCCAGGAUGCGCCCCAUGACGCAGGCAUUUGAGAAGCAGACACUAAACGACAUAGCAACGCAAGAGGUUCGAGUGUUAGUCGGGCGUUUGGGAUCCGCCGAUACUGUGUUGAAGGCCGGAUUGGACCGCGACAGAAUCGCUAAAGAGCACGACCUUCUUGCUUUUGAGAUGGAGGGAGCCGGCAUAUGGGACGUGAUUCCAUGCGUCGUCGUCAAGGCGGUAUGUGACUAUGCGGACAGUCAUAAAAACAAGAAAUGGCAGCAUUUUGCUGCAGCAACAGCGGCUUCGGCGACAAAGGCACUUCUCGAGCAUUACACGCACAUGGACAGACAUUCGGCUCCCAAUUCAUGGUGCGUCAGUUCUUGUUCCGUACAACGAAAACCCGGACUUCGUUGGGCGAUCCGAAGCCCUCAAUCGGAUCAAACUGCUUUUUGGGCACACGGAGCAACACGCAAGCCAGUCUGCAAUACCACGCUCAAGAGUUGCGCUCUAUGGGCUUGGGGGUAUCGGGUACUGUGGGCUGCUUCCCUUGAGCCUCGACGCCGUCUAACAUCAUGCAGGAAAACGCAGAUCGCGCUCGCCUAUACGUUCUGGUUGCACCACGCGCACCCCGAUGUUUCUGUGUUUUGGGUUCACGCCAGCAACGCAGAACGAUUUCGCCAAGCGUACUCCUCCAUAGCUCAAGAGUGCAGCAUUCCUGGACACGAUGAUCCCAAAGCUGACAUACUGUUGCUUGUCAAAACGUGGCUAGAAAGAGGUAUUCGAGGGCGGUGGCUCAUGGUCAUCGACAACGCCGACGACACGCAUCCGUUCUUCCCACCGCAUUCCCUGGCUGGCAGCAUUAACACAAAUCCGACAACCGACACACAAGGUGGACUAGGACGCUACAUCCCCGAGUGUGGACACGGAUCCAUCAUCAUCACAUCAAGAAACAAGCAAACUGCGUCCAGGUUUGUGCGAGGGAACUCACUCCUCGAAGUAAGAGCGAUGAGCGAGAGCGAGACGGGUCAGCUACUGCACACAAUGCUCGACGACGAGUUUUCCGCCGAGGAGGCUUCGGUUCUGUCAGCUCAGCUGGAACAUCUACCGCUGGCCAUUGCACAAGCCGCCGCAUUCAUCCAAGAGAACAGCAUCUCAAUCGCCAAAUACAUCCAGCUUCUGGAGGAAAGCGACGAGAACCUGGUUGAACAACUGAGCGAGCCAUUCGAAGCAGUUGGCAGAGACUCGGAGACACCACACGCACUCACAGCUACAUGGAUUGUUUCUUUCAAUCAGAUCCAGCAACAGGAUGCUCUUGCUAGCGAACUUCUAUCUUUUGCCUGUCUUCUAGACCGUCAAGGCAUUCCCGAAGAGUUCAUCGUCAGCUUCUGUAACCAGAGAAAUACGGAGGUACAGCAGAUCAGCGCAAGCAAAAUCGCCAAGGCCCUAGGAGCACUGAAGGCGUUUUCAUUAGUGUCAGAGGCAACAGACAAUACCAUCGAUAUGCAUCGGCUAGUACAGCUAGUCACACGAAAAUGGUUGGAAAUUCAUGGCAGACUGGCUGGCUGUGUGGAACAAGCGCUCGACAUAGUGUCAGACCUAUAUCCCGAUGGUGAUCAUGAGAGUCGGCAGGUCUGUCAGGACUACCUUCCUCAUGCCAAUGCCGUUCUUCAACACAAGGGGACUGGUUCUUGUGAUGAGCGGCUUGCAAAGGCAACCCUUUUGCUGCAUAUGGCUGGCUAUUUUCUGUAUCGCGGUCAGUGGACACAGGCAGAACAGGGUGCAGCCCAAUCUGUAAAGCUGCGGGAUGAAAUCCUUGGAAAGCAACAUCCUGAAACUUUAACCAGCAUGAACAACCUGGCAUUAAUAUACUCACACCAAGGACGGCAUAAGGAGGCAGAAGAGCUAGAGGUACAGGUCCUAGAGGCAAGGAAAAGGGUGCUUGGGGAUGAACAUCCUGGCACGCUUCUCAGCAUGAUAAAUCUAGCAUCAACAUACUUACACCAAGGCCGGCUGGAGGAGGCAGAAGAGCUAGAGGUACAGGUGCUAGAGGCAAGGAAAAGGGUGCUUGGGGAUGAACAUCCUAACACGCUUAGCAGCAUGAACAACCUAGCAUCAACAUACUGGAACCAAGGACGGCUGGAGGAGGCAGAAGAGCUAGAGGUACAGGUCCUAGAGGCAAUGAAAAGGGUGCUUGGGGAUGAACACCCUAGUACGCUUAUCAGCAUGAUAAAUCUAGCAUCAACAUACUUAUACCAAGGCCGGCUGGAGGAGGCAGAAGAGCUAGAGGUACAGGUGCUCGAGGCAAUGAAAAGGGUGCUUGGGGAUGAACACCCUAGUACGCUUAUCAGCAUGGUAAAUCUAGCAUUAACAUACUGGAACCAAGGCCGGCUGAAAGAGGCAGAAGAGCUAGAGGUACAGGUCCUAGAGGCAAGGAAAAGGGUGCUUGGGGAUGAACAUCCUAGCACGCUUCUCAGCAUGGUAAAUCUAGCAUUAACAUACUGGAACCAAGGCCGGCUGAAAGAGGCAAUCCAGUUGAUGCGCGACUGCGUUCGGCUUCGGCAGCGCUGUCUUGGAGAGGAUCAUCCCGACACUAUAUCCUCCAUUUCAACCCUUAAAAAGUGGGAGGAGGAUCUUGCAUAA